CAGUAAUCCUUUGCGUACCUGGCGGAAGCACGCAGGCGUGACAGUCCGUUGUGAACUCGUCUCUGCACACAGGCACAACGCGCUGACUUCGUCACCCUUUCUUCUGUUUAAACGUUAAGCGACAGCAUGGGGAAGGACCAGAAAAUACGGACGAUGUUGAUCGUCUUCAACGUCAUAUUCUGGAUUAUAGGUGCGCUUUUCCUCUGCGCGGGACUGACGAUGCGCUUUGAGUACUACCGCAUGAUACGAGCGUACCCCAUCUCGGAGGAGAUGUACAUCCCUGUGUUCUGUCUCAUGGCUCUGGGCGCGUACCUCAUGAUCAUCACCUUCUGCGGCUGCUGCGGGGCCGCCUCGUCCAACAAGUGCAUGCUCACCACGUUUGCCGUCCUCAAUGGGUUCAUGCUGCUGGUCCAGAUCGUGACGGCCAUCCUGAUGCUCGUGUAUGGAGGCCAGAUUAAGAUCUGGAUUGGAGACAUCUUUGAGCGACAGCUGAGGCAGCGGACUUCCCUGGAAAGAUUCGACGAAAGAUACAAGAGCUUCCUCAUCUUCUGGCAAGAACACCUGACGUGCUGUGGCCUGAACAGCAAGGACGACUGGAGGGACCCCCUGGGCAGCGAGGCUCGCGCCACCUGCCUGUGCAUCUUCGACGACACCACCGUGCGGGACAGAGAAUGUCUGCCGCACGACGACAACGGCAACACGGUCUACGUCUACAAGCCAUGCGUUGAUGAGUUUUCAGCCUGGGUCGGGGAAUAUAUGUGGAUCAUUGGAGGGAUCCUGCUGGCGAUUUGCCUCCUAGAGAUAGUGGCAAUUAUAGGCGCCUGUAUGCUGCUUCGACGCUGGCGGGAUGAGGAAGGCUACGUCAUGUAGCGGAAGUACGUCAUCAAGCAGAAGUACAUCAUGAUGUUGACAAUAUCUUCAACAUGACAAUAGCCAUCAUAAUAAGGAUACUUGAUGUUUUAUCAGAAAAAUCCAUUGAUUGUGUGUCUGAACUUAAAAGAAAACUUAUAACCGGGAACCUGUUAUAUCAAUUAUACUGAAGAUAGUGAACAAUGUUGAUAGCAAAAUGACAAUGGUUAUGCAUAGUCACAGUAUCGGUAUAUGGAGUCAUUACAACUCACUAUCUUCCUUUUCGAAUUCUCUCCGUUUGUUUGGUCAUGACACAUGUAAGGUGGAUAGGAACGGGACAGUUUGUAACAAAAUUUACAUUGAUAGCCAGGUAAACGUUGCUAAGUUGGUGACGUUCUAUUGCUAGUAUUAAGUAUUUAGAGGUGAAUGUACAGGGCAGUGUGAUUUGAUUCACAAUUGGGUUAUUAUCUAGUAUAUAGUUCAAGCACAUGAUGAUUACGCUUUUUGAAAGUGUGAUAAGAAUAUACAGAUUGCAUUAAAUCCGUAUUAUUAGUCCAUGCAAUAUUAAGAAUUUACAUCCUAAUUGACAAAGUACUCUGUAACCGAUGUAAAGACGUUGUAAGAUAGGGAUGGGGGGGGGGGGUUGUAUUAACACUUUUUUUAGUUUAGUCUUGAAUCUUUAGUCAGUCACAGUUUUCAUGUGUUAUCUGCUAAUUAACUUGAUUUUAAGAUGAUUAAGUUGGUCUCAAUUCCAACACUUUCGUUCAAAUGCUUCCGACGAAACAGUACCGCGAGAUAGUACAUAAUAGCAUUAGAACUAAACUUUGUUUCAUAUAUAAUCUUAUAUAUCAAUCUUUAAAAGUGGCCGAUUCUGCAGAAUGAUCACACUGUACCUUUCCUUAUUGUGGCAUUUAGUUGUGAAUAUUUUUUUGUAAUAUUAGCAUCGGUACAUUUAGGGUAUGUUUUACUUCGAGAAGUAAGACGAUAUGGAUGUUGUGAUCAGACAGUAUUUGACUAGUGGACACUGACAUGCGACGAAGAUGAUGAAAGUUGACAAUUGUCCUAUAGAAAUUACAGUUCCUUUUAGCAUAGGUCACUGACUAGUCAUGAGUGAAUGAUUAUUCUGUAACAUAAUUACCCUUAUGUUUUGUUCUUAAAUUUUACAUUGUCUCAAUAAAUAGCAACUGCAUUGUAA